UGCGACCUGCCGGGCGACCUCGGCGCGGCUCUCCGGCCGGGUGACGUGACCUCUCCGCGGGUCAGGGUCGGCGGCGCGCCGGGUGCGGCCUCGUGUCGUCAGCCCACCGGGGCAAGGUCGGCGUCCUGCUCGCGUCGUCACCCGGACACCGACACGAGGGCCGGCGCCAUGAAGCUGGUGAUUCUGCUCAGCCUCGCCUGCCUGGCAUCAUCUUUUAAACAAGAGGAGCCGGCGGAGGUGCCGGCGGCGGCGGCGGCGGCGGCCUCCUCCGGACUGCGCUGGCUGAUGGGCCAGCAGGAGCCGGACCGCGGCUGGGGGGUCGACACCGCCCGCGCCGUCAUGGCCGCCGCUCUCGUCAACGACUCCGCGCUGGCCGGACCGGACCGGCAGCUGACCCGCCAGCAGCUGGAGAUCAACGCCCUGGCCGACUUGUGGAGACACCACGACUACCCGCUGACGGCGGCGCGGCUGGCCGAGUACCUGCUGGCGCUGGUCAGCCUCUGCGGCGACGUGCGCCACUUCCACGGCCGGGACCUGACCGCGGUGCUGCAGCACCAGCGGGACCCGCUCGACUACGAGUCAGCGCUGGUUGUGCUGGCGACGUGCGCCGCCGGCGCGCCCGUCCGCCGCCGCAGCUUCGGCCGCCUGCUGGCGAUCACCAGCGCCAGCGGCAGCCUGCACGGCACAGAUACGCUGGCUCUGUCGGUGCUGGCACUGCGCUGCGUGGCCGACAACGAGAACAAACACGUGGACAGGCACCUGGGGACGCCUCUGGCGACGCUGGUGGCCAGGCAGGAGGCGGACGGCAGCUUCGGCAACUUCCACUCCACCCUGCUGGCGAUCCAGGCGCUGCGCUCGGAGGGCGUGGCGGCCGGCUGGAGCUGGGCGCGCGCCGUCUCGUACCUGCUGUCGCGCCAGCAGAGCGACGGCUCGUUCGGUGACGUUCGCGACACUGCCGAGGUGCUGCCGACGCUGGCCGGCCGCUCGCUGCUGGCCGUGGCUGACCUGCCCUGCCACCGCCAGCGCGGAGACGCAGCGGCUUUGGCUGGCGCUGACGAACACGAACCGAGACCGGCAAAAGAACUGCCAUCUAUCGACCGGUCUGUGAACUCGAGCCUGGCGUCGGCACCGCGGCUGAUGAACGUCACGCUGUGGCUGUGGAUCGGCGUGGAUGUGAGCCAGAGCUUCAGCUGCCGCCUCGCCGUGCCCGAGAACACCAGCCUGUUCGACUGCAUGAAGCUGGCGGCCGAGCGCGACAGCCGAUUCCAGUUUUCGGCGGAGGCCUGGCCGAACGGACACUACGUGCACACGAUCGCCGGCCGACACGAACGGGCGGACGGCUACCACUUUUGGCUGCUGUACCGGCUGGCCGGCCGGCCUGACCCGGCCCGCCCGCCCACUGGCCGCCAGCUGUUCACGGCAGGGGUGGACAACCUGUACCCGAACGAGGACGAGCACGUGCUGUUCUGGUACAAGGACCUGUAGCGGCGGCGUGGCGAGCCCGGCGCGGCCGUCCGUCGGCCCGGGGCACCACUGCAGUCCGGAGCGAGAGCUGAGGAAGCCGCGUCGGCUGGCGGGAAACGCUGGGGAGCGGGCGGCUCCAGCCGCGCGGGCAGGGAGGCGGCCGACGGCGGAGGUUUAGUGGUGGGAGGGCGCCACGCUCGCGGGGUGCAGGGCCUCCUGCCGUGUGGAGGCCUGCGUCGCCUGGCUGUGGAGUGGUGGGGGUCGCCGCGGCCGACGAUCUGGAUCUAGCCCAGACCCGGUCGUUGCGACCUGCCUUACGCUGGAGUAGUGUCGUACGCGCUGUGUGGUUGUGAUGGUCCUCCCUUAUUUGGAGUCGCUGGUAGCCGGGCGGGGUGGCGAGAGCUGUUAGAACUAGGCUUGUCCGGAAUCGGCCGGUCGCCCGGUCGAAUGUCCGCGCCGAAAUUGCGCUAGAUGUGUCAUGCCAGAGCCCGUAAGCCAAAGCCCGCGAGCCAAAGCCCGCCUGCCAAAGUCCGCUACAAAUAUUUUCGUGGCUAGCUGUUUCAACCAGACGUUACCAUGGGCUUAGUUCAUCUGAUCACCCAAGUGGAGGUUAUAUCAAUGCUCGCCUGGGCCCGCAUUUCAGUGCUUUACAAUCGUUCAGCCCCGCUGGUAUCGCAAUAGGACAUCCAGUUCCACCCAUCUCGCCGUCGUAGAUGCCUCCGAAGCAUUACAGAUCCCAUCGCACUGGCUCUCAACGGAGACGGCGCUCCACCGGGCGCCGCGUCGUAUGUGCGCGUCGUCCGUCUUACUGCUGGCUGGUAAUUGCAUGGCAAUACACGCUAUUGAAGUCC